AUGGAAGCCCUUGGUUCUGUGGACGACCUUUUGGAUUUCUCAUCUGACAUAGGCGAGGAUGAUGAUGACAACACUAAGAAAGCCUUUCCUUCACUUAAACCAAAAUGCGGUGAUCCACUGUCGCUUGAUUCAUUAGGCUUGGCCGAUCCAAAUUCGUUUUCUGAGUGUGCAGAAGAAGAGCUCGAAUGGCUAUCCAACAAAGAUGCGUUUCCGGCUGUUGAAACAUUUGUUGACUUGGCCUGUAUUCAACCAGAUAUCAUGAAGUAUAAAAGGACAGCGCCGAUGCUUGAGAACAGCACAAGCAGUAGCAACAGCAAUAACAGUAGCAACAGCAUUACCCUCCUAAGUGGCUACAAUCACAUAAAGUUCCCUGUCCGUGCGCGGAGCAAGUCUCGCAGUAAGCCUCGCCUUGGCCUUGCUUACACCUCUAACCAGCACUUCUCGUGGAGAAUACCGAGUAACAAAGUUUCAAAAGAACAAGCGGUACAAACCUUGACCAUUGGGAGGAAAUGUAAUCACUGUGGAGCCGAAAGUACUCCUCAAUGGCGGGCAGGUCCAAAGGGUCCAAAAACACUUUGUAAUGCAUGCGGGGUGAGGUAUAAGUCUGGCCGACUUGUGCCUGAAUACCGCCCUGCAAAUAGCCCAACUUUUCGUAGUGAUGUGCAUUCUAAUUCCCACAGGAAAGUAUUGGAGAUGAGGAAGCAUAAGGGAAUGGGUUGA